AUCAAGCUAAUGCCCUUGAUACUAUUUUUAAUUUGCUAUUAUCUGAUCUCAAGAGGGCCUCCCAAUUAAGUAGAAUUUUACCUUUGAUGGGUAAAAUAUUUGCCCUAUCUUCACCACCUAUAUGGAUAAAAGGAUUGAUAGUAUAG